AUGUUAAACCAUUUGACUCAUUUAUUGACAAAAAGAUCACAGUUAAUUGAAUUGCUACUUUUACGUGUUAAAUGGGAAGGCUUAUUUGGUAAUGCUGUUCAAUGGAUCGCACAAACUGAUGGAGAGUUGGAUGGAUUUCUAAGGGGUAAAGCAAGAUGGUCUGAAAAAGAAGAGUCGAGUUAUGGAUCUUCUGAUGAUGAUGAUGGCAUUGAAGGUGUGAUCAAAACUUUAGUAAGUUUAGAAAGGAAAAUUGCUGAUUUUGAUCAUGCUGCAUAUUCGGAUGUACUUGACGCGUACCAAGAAAUGGAAACGUUAAAAAACUCUUCAUUGCCUGAUUAUUUGGAAAUGCGUCAACUAGGGUUUGAAAAAGCUUUUGAAGAUCUGAUGAAGAGAUCCGGAUUCAGUAGAAAGGUAGUGGAACAAUUACUCUUUAUGAUCAAUACUGUGGAUAAAUUCAAAGAGCUCCGAGAUGUUGGAGAGCGCCUCCGAUACCAUCUUUUGAAAGACGCAGAGGAUAAAAUCGUACAAGAUGAUGAAGUAUACGCCGAACAAGUCCAGCUAUUUAAAGAAGAAUCGGCACGUCUCAUUACAAGUUCCGAGGCUUCUGUUCCUUAUCCUUCUGUUCCAGAGAUGUCUACCGCUAUAGGAGCGAAUGACCCACACGAUAAUCAGAUUACCAAUGAAAAUAUUCGUAGUGCCAUUAGUGCGUAUAGUAUGUCUCUUGCUUUAAUUGCAGAUGGUUUAGAUCAGUUACUCAUGUCACGUUAUCAGACAAUGUCUCUUCAGCAGCGCGCACAGGAAGCAUAUGAUGCUAUGACAAGGGCCAAGUCUUGGAUGGAAGAGCGUAUCAAGUUAUUGGGAAAAUCUCGUUUUGAUUUAAUGUUGUACACCAACCAGAAGCAAUCGCCUUCCAAUUCAACUACUUCUAUAGAUGAAUCGAAACAACCUAAAAACAACAAUUCCAACAAUUCUAGUGCUACGUUAUCAACUACUACAGCCGCUGCUUCCGUUGCUGAUGACGAAAAUUUAUUGCGUCUAGAAAAGGAACGAGAUGGCAUUGAUAUGCGUUUGCAACAAAUGGAAAACGACGAUCUAGCCAAAUUGUUUGAAUCUGUUCGUGUUCUGGAAUAUGAUGUGGAUGCUUCAAAUGCUGUUUCAAUUGAUCGCGAUCAUCUUGUCAAUGGCGUUGAAAGUUUAGAAAUGACUCACCAACAGCUAAAGGAUUUGUUGUUAUCUCGUGGGCUCCAAUUAGAUGCACUUAAGAAACGCAUCGAUUGGGAGAGUCAAUACUCUAAAUGUAAUAACCAUCUCAACACAAUCGCGCGCAAGUUGUGUGAUUUUAAUGUCAAAAAGGCUCGCUAUGAUCCUUCGAAAGAAAACGUGGAUAAGCCGUCUUAUCAAAACGACCAUGAAAAUAUGCAAUCCUUACAGUUUAUUCAAGACCGUGUAGCUGAAUUAGGUGACCGACACUUGACAUCUCUUUCUGAAUGCUAUCAAGAAAUGCUUGAAAGCUAUUCUCGACUUGACAAUGGUGGUACCGCUAUACCUGAAUUUGUUUCUCAAAAGCAGGCUGACAUAAAAACCGAAUAUGACGAUCUCAAAUAUCUUUCUUCGUAUACAUCGGAUCUCAUGACCCAACGCUCUACUAUCACGGAGUUUUUAUUACGUGUUCAAGAUGCCCAUCAUGAAGGUGAAAAAAUUAAGGAUGCCGUCAACAAAAGAACACGUCGUAUCAUGAUAAAAGAAGAAGAAAAUGUAACUACUUUGGAUGAUCAUGUUUCUGCAUUUAAACAAGAAAUCAAGAGCAUUUGGGAAGAUUGUGUCAACAACAUGUCGUAUCCUGUGUACAAUGGCAAUUGGAUUCGAUCUACUUCUCAUGCAUCAGCUGUGCCCACUGGAUCUUCAUUUUCAGAGAUCAACACUGCCGGUAAUAAUGCCGCUGGAUUGUAUCGCUCUCAGAUCCGAGCUCAAAUCAAGGCUUUAUUGGACAGAAAGAUGGAGGAAUUGUCUGCAUUGGAAAAAUCAAUUGAUCAAUUGUUAGAGGUCUAUCGUGAUGCUGACAGAAUGAAGGCUCUUGUCACCCAAUACGAACAGGAAGCUUGUCAAUUGGGUCAAUGGAUCGAUGAACAAAUUGAGGCUCUUAAACGUCAACACGUUGAUGUUUCGGCUGAAAGUUUCUUGGCUCGUGGCAUGAACAUAUCUGACCUGAAAAAAUCCAGAUUAGACCUGUUUUUGCAAGUAGAAUCUUUUGAAGGGAAUAAAGUUAAAGUUUUGCAUGACAAAAUUGCCCGUUUGGUAGAAGACUCUGUGGAAAAAAAGAAGAAUAAAUCUGUCGAUGUUUCUUCUGCCGCGCGUAACUUGGGCGAUGUAAUGGAACAUUUAUCUCAAUUAAAGCGUGGUCUUUCUGAUCAAGCUGUUACUUUGGAAGCUGCUAGCAUGAGAUCCGAAUGGGAGAAGAAUUUACAGUUGGGUAUUACUCGUUUAGAAGAAAUGAACGAACAACUUCGUCAAUUCACCACAAAGAAAAAUCAAUGGAUUUCUCAAGACGAUCUUUCCGAAGAGCAUGUAUCUACCUUACAACAGGAUUUGAAUAAGCUUAUUGCGCAAAGAAACAAGUUUGAAAAAUCCAUACUGCCUGGCAUCCAGUUAAGCUACGACGCAUUUGUAGAAUACUUUCCUAAAUUAUCUAGACCUAUUGCUACUCCUGAUCAUUUGGAAGCUCGUAUGGAAUCUUUAGGUAGAGCUUCAACUCGUCUUCAAGAAAAUGUGGCCGCUCGUUCCAAAGAACUCGAGUUAAUAAAACAACGUAUUCGAUGGGAGGACGCCGUGAAGCAAGCUCUUGUUUACCUUUCUGAAAAAGAAUUGCUAAUCGAAGUAUUUAUUGAAGAAAAGGCUAGAUGGCACAAUGACACUGCUGAAAACCUGUCUUCAGUUCAUGACGACGACGAUGAAUCCAAGCUUCGUACAGAAUGGUCCACAUUAUACACUGAUUUCAAAUCUUAUGAAGAAGAUGUGAUUAUUUCUAUUCAAAAAAGGUUCCAGUCUUUAGUCAAUGAAACAACUGAUCAUUACAACAAUACAAGUGUUUCCCUUCUUCCAAACGCAUUUUCAAAGAAAAUGCAGGAUUUGCAAUCCGCUCAAGACCGUGCCGGCUACUACUUGAAUUUCUCAAAUGAGGUAGUAACCCAAAGAUGUUUGGUUUCUGCUUUCAUUUUGAGAACUGCUCAACUCGAACAGUCUGCCGAAUUAAUCCGCGAAGAAUUUAUCGCUACCAAAGUAGCUGGCGAGACAGUUCAGAUUGCAGGUCUUUUGGAGAGCCAUACGGAGAGAUUACAAAAGUUCAAAGAUGGAAUUGAUGAUGUUCGUCAGAAUCUUGCCACUAGUAUUCCGUAUCCUGUACGUUCUUUGGAAAAUAUUUCUACUCAAGCCAAGCUCAAGGAUGAAACCACCAAUUCUGUAAUCCAUGAGACGAUCGAUAUGAGAAACACUCGUCUGGACGAAAUAUGUAAUAGUCUCCAACAGCUGCUUGAAACUAAGGAACGUGUAUCUCGCCGUCGAUUAUCUUUACACUCAUACAAAAAGCAGGCUCAGGUUGCGGAAGCUUGGAUUGGUUCCCGUCACGAGAUUUUGAGCCGUAGCAAUUCUUAUGUUAUCAACAAGGACUCUGCUGUAAAUAUUGAAAAACUCAAGGAGGCCGUAAGCCAAGCGGAUAGUGUUGAGCAAGCCAUGAAAGCCAAUGAAAGCGUGUUUACCUCAUUAAAUACCACUUUCGAUAAAUGCAUCACUGCAUUCGAGGACAAGUCAUUGGAUCAAGAAGAGGUGCAAGAUGAAGGGCACCAUGAAUUGGUCAAAGAAAUUGCUGAUAUUGUUGAACCUACACAAAAGCGUUUGAGCCAAGCAUGGAGUACUCUUUUAAUCGAAGCCGGUGAAACCACUAAGAACACUACAGCUUUGUUGAUCGAAAACAAGAUUCAGAGCUGGUUGAAUACUCUAGACGACCUGAAAACUCGUGUUGGGACUGCCGAUAAGGGUGAUGACGAUCAAAUCUCUACGUGGGUCGAUGAAUUGGACAAAUUGGAACAACAAGAGUAUCAAAAUUUGGCUGCCGAUGUUGAUGCUAACAAGAUGGUACUAAACAAAGAACAACUUGAGAAUGUUCAAAAUCUUUUUGAGAUUGGGCUGUCAACCAUUCAAAUUGUUCGAGCAAUCCUUGUUGAAAUGGAACAUGAACUUCAUCUCGGUCAGCUCAUUGAAAAAUACCUGGCUGAUAUAUCUGAUUUGGAAGUAUCAAUCCAAUCACAGAUUGACCAGCUUAACAAGACCAACGAAAGUCAUGUUCGUAUUAAUUGUGAAGCAACACCCGAUGUAAGAAAUAACGAAUAUCAAAUCCUUGUAAGCGAAUAUAAGCAAGCCAGUGAUACGAUAGUAGAUUUGAAAGAUGCUCAUAGUGAUGUUAAUGCCCAAUACAGCACAAUCUUGGAAAAUGAUGACACUUAUAGCAAUAAGACUCAAGAAGAGGUAUCGAAAAAAUGGGAAAACCUCUUAUCUUUGGAAUCUAUGGUCGCUGGUCUUGUAUCUCGUUCCUCGAAAUGGGUUAAGCACUUCAAUUCUUUAGUUAUCAUUCGUGACGAACUCGAUCUGGUUCAGUCCAAAUUAAAUACAACUCUGGAUAAAACUGAAGAGGAAAAAUAUGCUGAAUAUAAACAGAUUAAUGAACAACUUAGUCAAAUCGACUCUUCCCUCAAAGGUGAAUUAUCUAGUUUAUUGGAUGAGUUGCUUGAUGAUACAGUCAACUCAGAACCUUUUGAAAUCCAGCGUACUACUUGCUUGAAUUUGAAGAACAAAUUGAAAUUGGAAUUAGAUCAAAAAAUGACAGAGGUAGAGAAAUCGUCUUUGCUUCAAUCAAUUACUGCUAUUGUGAAGCGCCUUUGUGAAGAAUGUGAUGCUCAGCUAACUCUCGCCAAUAACCAUUGUUCCAGCACAGUUUUUCUCGACGGAGUUCAAACCACUAUCAAAGCUUGUUCUGAUAUAGUCAGUGCAAACAAUUUGGUGCAAUCGAAUAUUCAAAAUGAAGUAGAUGCAUUGCGUAUGAAUCAAUGUGACAGUCUUUUAACUAAACUCAAUUGUAAGGAGGAUGAAAUUGACAGCUUUAUCACACCUGUGUCUUCACUUUUGGAAAAAUUGGAUCAAGCUACUAAAUCUGAAAAGGAAUGCCUCUCCUUGGCGAAGCUUUUCUCUCAGUACUUAACAUCAGAAAAGUGUUUUAUUGAUACUGUUACUGCCAAUAGUUUACAACUUGCAAAUGAUAAUGAUAUCACUGAAGCCAUCGUAUCACAUUUGGAAGCCCAACUGGAGUCGCUAGAUGACAACAAGAAAGAGCUUUAUAACUUGGAGAACGGUAUAGUUCAUUUCGAAUUUAACGAUCUGUUAUUAUCUGAUAUUCGCAUGACCAAUAUUUCUUCAACUAUACAAACAUGCAAGGAGGAAGUUCAUAACAAGUACGAUGAAUUCGUUACAGCGCUACGUCAAUCAAGAUAUGAUAUUGAAAAAGUGAAACAACGUCAACAAAUUAUUAUCAAAUUGAAUGACAUGAUCGCAUUUAUCGCAGAUAUGAGUGACAGGGUAAAUGUAUUGCAACUAUCUGGUAAAUCUGUUUCGGCUGCAGAAGAACGUGAAUUCAAGGAACUCUGUCAAGACUUUUACCAAACAUUGUCAAAGAAGACGGCUGUGUCCGAUGGUCUAAUUCAAGAUUACGAUGGAUCAAAUAACGAUGAAGAGAUCAAGGAGCUUCAGGAACGUUUGUCUACUGAUCUUGCUGCCCUUAAGAUACUGAUCAGUAUCAAGAAGAAGGAAGCUUCUGACGAAGGAGAUCUCACUGAAUUCCUUUCGAUUAUGAGCGAGUUUGAUCAACAUAUUUCAAUUGUGACUUCUGCUAUCGAAAAUGCAUCUCCCCACCAUUCGGGUAUUGUCAAUAACAAGUUCGUUAAGGCAGACCUUCAAGCUUUGUUGAGAUCUUUGGUUGCCGCUUAUAAGCAGCAUCAACAAAUCAUCAAUGGUGUUUUAGAACGAGCGCUUACUGAAUCGAAGAAACAAUUUUUGGGCGAUAACCAACGGGUUGCCAGUAGUAUCAAAAAGGCCACUAAGAAAUGGACCCAAGUCCAAGCUGCUGCUGCUGCUCGUGAGAGAGAACUGCAAACAUGCAUCGGAAAAUUAGAUCACGAAUUUUUUACCAAGUUAGCUAUGGCUAAAACAACAACUAAAUCUUCCCGUCAUGUAUUGCCACCACAACCUCCCGCAUUGAAAAGACAUCAUGCACCGGCAACCGGAAGACACUUUGGCAGUGUCUCGCCUUUCCCAAGACGAAGUGUUGACGAGACUAACAGAAAAUCAUCAAAAACGCCUGUUUCGGCAUCAACAUCAGCUAGCAGACUCACUCGACCAUCUUAUGUUCCGGACCCUAGAAAUGCUCUUGAUAUUGAAUUAGGUCAUAUUGUAAAUGCAUCUCCUUACAAAAUUACAGUUAAGAUUGUUCCUGAUCAAGUUGGAAAAUAUUGGUUUGGAGAUGAGAAUCCCAGACUUGUCUAUUGUCGUAUCCUCCCUAGUCAAUUGGUGAUGGUUCGUGUUGGAGGCGGUUGGGUUGAGUUAUCAAAAUUCUUAAGAGAUCACGGACUCACAGAAGGUGCACAUUCAAGACCCGAAUCUUCCAACGAUAUUGUUAUCAAUCAGACCAGUGAGCCUGCUCCAUUCCAAGAAAGUUAUUUACAAACACUAAGAUCAGCUUCCCCUUCAGGACGCGUUACAAUUCGUGGCGGCGGCGUUGGAGGUAACAGCAGCAGCCUAGCUUCAACAAGAUCAUCCAGCAAAUCGUCAGGAAGUAGAUCUAAAUCACCUUUACCGGGAUUUGUAAAUGGAGACAAAUAUAUCAGUGUAGAUGAAGCCGGUAAUCAUGUGGUUGUAAAAAUGAAAAAGGCCGAGAGCGACGCUAAAAUGCCCAUUAUCAAGAAGAAACAGUAA